AUGAUUCGUGAAAAUGAAGAUAAUAACAUUCUCCGAUGCAGACAGCUAUUUCAUCAGUACAUUGUUGUAAAAAUCGAAAGUGAGAGAUUGCGUUAUAUAAAAUUUAAUCAAGCGAAACUUCGUUCUGAGGAGUACAUUCACUUGCGUGACGCCAUAAUCGGUAACGUAGAUGCAACAAAUGAUAUCAACAACAUCGGAUAUAUUCUUCCAUCAUCAUACAUUGGUAGUCCGCGUCAUAUGCAAGAAUAUAUUCAAGACGCCAUGACUUACGUAAGCGCAUACGGCCGACCAGAUCUUUUUAUCACAUUUAUGUGUAAUCCAAACUGGGAUGAAAUUAAAAAUUUGCUGCUAUCAGGUCAAACAUCGAUGCAUCGCCAUGAUAUCAUUGCACGUGUGUUCAAACAAAAAUUUAAAUCUCUGAUGAAAUUGAUUACGCAUCACUCGGUAUUUGGUGAAACUUAUUCUGUUGAAUGGCAAAAACGAGGUUUACCUCAUGCGCAUAUUUUGAUUUGGUUGGUGGACAAAGUACGCCCAGAAGUAAUUGACAAAAUUAUUUCAGCGGAAAUUCCAAAUUCGAAUGCUGAUCAAGAAUUGUUUGAUAUUGUGACUACUAAUAUGAUCCAAUGUCCACGUGGUUCUCUCAAUAUGAUGUCACCAUGUACGGAUAAGGGAAAAUGUACGAAACGUUUUCCUAAACCAAGUCAAACUGACACUAUCACCAAUAUCGAUGGUUAUCCAUCUUACCGUCGUAGAGAUGUAGACAAUGGCAGUCAAUCAUAUGAAUUGCGUCUAUCAAACGGUGUAAGAGUUGACAUCUAUAAUCGCUGGGUGGUUCCAUACUCGCCAUUGCUGUGCAAAACCUAUAAAGCACACAUAAACGUUGAGUUAUUCAGUUCGGUGAAGUCUAUCAAGUACCUUUGUAAGUACGUUAAUAAGGGCAGUGGUAAAGCUAUAUUUGCUGUUCAAAAUGUAAAUAAGAAUGACGAAAUAACACAUUAUCAAAUGGGACGAUACAUAAGUAGUAAUGAAGCUAUUUAG